AUGGAAGGUAAAAGUCUUGAUGAAUGGCAUGAUGCCUCAGCUGACCACUCAAAAUUACAGCAACAAAUGUCUGUGGAUUCAGAGGUAUCAUCAGCAACACAAGACACGCAAAAACAAUCUACCUCGAAAAAGAAUUCGGAUCCAGCUUCCUCUUCAUCUUCAAGCUCUGCUAGUCCCAAUAAAACCGACCAAGAGUUAGAUGAACAGCAUAAACAAUCUGGUAGUAAACGUACAAUGGAGUUCAGUAGUAAAAUAAAUAUAAAUGUCGAUCUAAAUUGUGGACCAGCGCCGCUGUGUUAUGAAGAAAAAGCCAUUAAAGAACGAGAACAGUGUGAUUAUACGAUUAAAAUAACAAAAGAAAUGGCAGACCAAAAUACAGCACCAAGAAAGAUAAGAAUUUAUGCAGAUGGCAUUUAUGAUUUAUUUCAUGCUGGUCAUGCUCGUCAAUUAAUGCAAGCUAAAAAUGUAUUUCCAAAUGUUUAUUUGUUAGUUGGUGUUUGUAACGAUACAUUAACAAAUGCAAAAAAAGGAAAAACAGUUAUGAAUGAAGCAGAGCGAUAUGAGAGUGUAAGACACUGUCGAUAUGUCGAUGAAAUUGUGACCGACGCACCAUGGGUAUUAGAUGAUGAGUUUCUAACACAAAACAAAAUUGAUUUUGUUGCUCAUGAUGAAAUUCCCUAUGGAGCAGAUGGACACGAUGAUAUUUAUCAACAUAUUAAAGCACGUGGAAUGUUUGUUGUUACUCAACGUACAGACGGUGUUUCAACAAGUGAUAUUAUUUGUCGGUUGGUUCGUGAUUACGAUAUGUAUGUCAGACGAAAUUUGGCACGUGGUUAUACAGCACAUGAUUUAAAUGUCGGAUUUUUAAAAGGAAAAUCGAUUCAAUUUCAAAAUAAAAUGGAUACAGUGAAAUCAAAGAUUCGAACAUAUGAAGAAGAAAGUAAAACAUUUAUGGAACGAUGGGAAGAUAAAUCAAAAGAAUAUAUUCAUAGUUUUUUAUCGUUAUUUGAACGAACAAGAUUGGCUCUUCAACGUACACGUUCACCAGGAAUGUUGACGGGAGGUGAUAGACAUGAAUUAGGAAGUGGAAGUGAUGAAGAUAUCGAUGAUUAUCAAGACGAUGGUGGAAACACUGGUGAGACACAUAUUGAAUAUAAAAAUGUUGAUGAAACACAUAAAAACAAUAAUAAUGACAAGAAAACAACAGGUGCUAACGUUGAUAGCAAUGACUAA